GAGAGAGAGAGAGAGAGCUUGAGAGUUGUGUAAGAACCCUAAAAAGUGCGCAGCCUCCUCCUCUAAAACCCUACGAAGAACUCUCUUUGAUUUGAUUCCAAAAUGGGUUCGAAGCGAAAGAAGGGAGACGACGGCGGAGAGAAAGGAGAAGAAAUGAUUACGGAUUCGAGGUUCUCCAAGGCCCACACUGACCCCAGAUUCCGUAGGCUUCCCAGGCGUGAAUCCAAAGUCACCAUCGACUCUCGUUUCAAAGGUGUCCUCACCGAUAAAGCUUCUGCUCCGGUUGAUAAGCGUGGGAAGCGUAGAAGACGAGGAAGUGCCAAGGAUUCUCUUAAAGAGUAUUACCGUAUCGAAGAAGACGAUAAGAAGAAGAAGAAGCAAAAGAGGAAGGAGGAGAGCGAAGAUGAGGAUGAUGAUGAGAGCGAGGGUGAAGAAAAGUUGAUUGCUUUGGAAGCUGAGGCCAGGCUGAGGAAAUCUGAGGAACAAUCUAUCGAGGAGGAGGAGUCUGAUGAAGAUAAGAGUGGGAAGAAGAAGAUUCUUCCUUUAGAGUUGGCUUCUUCUGAUAAAGAAUCUGAUGAUGAGAACUCAGAGUCUGAAGACAAUGAGGAAGAUGUUUCGGAAGAAGAAGAGGUGGAUACUGACGUGGACGAUGAAGAUAUGUAUGAUGACGAUGAACCCGAAGUUGCUGAAGAGGAGAUAGCGAGUAUCGAGAAAGAAACUCACAGACUCGCUAUUGUCAACAUGGACUGGAAACAUGUCACUGCCAAAGACUUGUACGUUGUUUUCAAUUCGUUUCUCCCGAAAGAUGGUCGCCUUUUGUCAGUUGCGGUCUAUCCAUCAGAGUUUGGGCUUGAGCGAAUGAAAGAGGAGGAAAUCCAUGGCCCGGCAAUUGGUGGAGACAAGGAGAAUGAAGAUAACAGUGAUGAUGAUGAAGAGGAGGAUAAGGACGUCAUCAAUGAGAGUAUACGUGAUUACGAAAAAAGCAGAUUGAGGUACUAUUUUGCUGUUGCGGAAUGUGAUUCCAGUGCCACUGCUGAUCACUUGUACAAAUCAUGUGAUGGUAUCGAGUUUGAGAGAUCCUCUAACAAGCUCGACUUAAGAUUCAUUCCUGAUUCCAUGGAAUUCAAACAUCCACCUCGUGACAUUGCCACCGAGGCACCUGCUGCUUAUCAAGGUUUAGAUUUUCAAAGCCGAGCACUGCAGAUGAGUAAGGUUAAUUUUACUUGGGAUGAAGAUGAGCCGCACCGUGUGAGGACCUUAAACCAGAGAUUCAACCCUGAUCAGUUGGCAGAACUUGAGCUGAAGGAGUUUUUAGCUUCUGAUGAGAGUGAAUCUGAUGAUGAUGAUGGUGGUGAUGAUGAUGAGGGGAAAAGAAAAGAAAAGUACCUAGCUUUAAUGGAAUCCGGAGAUGUUGAUUCUGAUAAAGACGAGGAUGAGGAGAAUGACCAGGACAUGGUAGUAGAAUUCAAUACGGGGUUAGAAGAUCUGAGUAACAAAUUUCGUGAAAAGAAAGAAGAGAAGCCAGAAACGGUCUGGGACGCACAACUUAGGAAGAUGCGGGAGAAGAAGAAAGCUAGGAGGAUGCAAAAGAAGGAUGAGGAUGAUGAUGAUUCUUCAGAUGAUGAUGAUGAUGAUUCUUCUUCAGAUGAUGAAGACGACUACAACGAUGAUGAUCAUAAGAAGAAGAAGAAGAAGAAGAUGAUGAAGAAUAAGAAGAAGAAGGGUUUAGAGGAGAAAUUAGCAGCGGAAGAAAGAAGCAGAGCGGAGCUCGAGUUGAUACUGGCUGAUGAGAAUGGAGGAGACGGCAAAGGUCUAAAAGGAUAUAAUAUUAAAAGGAAAAGUAAAAAGAGAAGUAAAGAGAUGGCAGAAGAUAAGAUACCUUCAGCUGAUCCUGAAGAUUCAAGAUUCUCAGCUGCAAUCAUGGAUCCUAACUAUGCUCUAGACCCUACGAAUCCACAGUUUAAAAGGAGUGCGACUUAUGUUAAGCAAUUAACUCAGAAGCAAAAGGAAGAUCCAAGAAACCAAGAAGAGCAAGUGAAAGAUGUGGAGACAAAGAAGGCCUCUGCUACAGAGGGCACGGAGGGAUCUUCUAAGAAAAGGAGUUUUGCAGAGUCUGCUACUGUCAAGUCGUUGAAGCUCAAGAUGCAGCAGAAGGGUUCUGAGAAGAAGAAAGAAGGGACUACCGACUUGGCUCAGCGACUGAAGAAGAAAGCCAAAGCUUUAUCAAACAAAUAAAUGUCUUUGCUUCUUUCACAUCAAUUUCGUUUCUCUUUUUUUUCAGGUUUCAGUGCACUGAUGUUUUGAAAUGUUAACAGUUUCAGUUUUGAUUCGACAUUUAAAUUGGAUAAUUUUUCAUUUGCCUC